AUGGCGAACGCAGACAAGGUGUUCAACGUGGGCAUCGUCGGCUACGGCCUCUCGGCCAAGGUCUUCCACAUCCCCUUCAUCGCCCUGACCAAGAACCUCAAGCUGCACACCAUCGUCCAGCGGCACCCGACCGACGCCUCGUCCGCGCCCCGCGACCACCCGGACGUCAAGCACCGCGCCGCCCUCGAGCCCAUGCUCGCCGACCCGGAGGUCGACCUCGUCGUGCUCUGCGUCCCGCCCAACACCCACUUCGACUUCACCAGGAAGGCCCUCGAGGCCGGCAAGCACGUCCUCGUCGAGAAGCCGUUCGUGCCCACCGCCGCCGAGGCCGAGGAGCUCGGCCGCCUGGCCGCGCGGCGCAACCGGCUGGUCUGCGUGUACCAGAACCGGCGGUGGGACGCCGACUUCCUGACGGUGCAGAAGCUGCUGCGCGAGGGCGCGCUGGGCCGCGUGUACGAGUUCGAGACGCACUUUGACCGGUACCGCGCCGACAAGCCGACGACGUGGAAGGGCACGCUGGGGAUGGACCAGGCCAACAGCGCGCUGUACGACCUCGGCUCCCACCUGCUCGACCAGGUCUACACGCUCUUCGGCCUGCCGUCCGCCGUCUCGGCGCACUUUGCCGACCAGCGCGAGGGCCGCCUGGUGCGGGGCUCGGGCCCGGCCGACGACGAGCCGGACUCGUUCAACGCCGUGCUGUCCUACGAGGCGCGGGGCCUGCUCGCGCACGUGCGCGUCGGCGUCAUGAGCGUCGAGAAGCGGCAGCCGCGCUUCUGGGUCCGCGGCACCAAGGGCACGUACCGCAAGGCCGGGCUCGACCCGCAGGAGGACCAGCUGCGGCGCGGCAUGGCGCUGCCGGACCCGGCGUUCGGCAAGGAGGACGCCGCGUGGGACGGCACGCUGUGCGCGCUGCAGGCGGACGGCUCCGUGCGGGAGGAGCCCUGCCCCAACGCCGAGCCGCUGCAGACGUACGUCAGGUUCUACGAGCUGCUCGGCGAGGCGCUGGCGAGCGGGGACGAGGAGAAGAUCCCCGUGCGGGUGUCCCAGGCGGCGGACGUGCUGCGGAUCAUUGAGGCGGUGCGCAAGGCUGCUGGGGAGGGCACUGUGGUGAGGCUCUCGUAG